GUGAUUAAAUGAAAUCUGAAUCUGAAAUCUGAAUAAAUGAAAAGAAAAACCCAGACUCUGUGUUGAAUUAAUGAAAAUUCAAUAAAAUUUUAAAAUAAAAAGUGUACAUACACGAUAAAAUUACACUGUGACCUAUAAGGUUAUUCUGUGGUGAAUGAAGCAAAAAGUGCAAACAUACUCCAAGGUAUGCAUUAUAAACCACAAACAUUGCUAAUUCAUAAAAUUCACGGCUUUUAAUACAAAUUCAAAGAACAACUUGAUUUAGCCUUGAUCUUAAGAACUAACAAUGCUAUGUCUGUCUUACUCUAUCAUAAUGAUGUCAUAGCUCCAUCAAUUUAUAGUAAAGUAUUUGGGUUACUAUAAUCAGAACUGAGAACAGAGUACAGUGUUACAACAUGAGUGCAACUUAGCAUUACAAAUAAAUAAACCUAACAUAAAAAAGAUUUACUACUGUGUAAUGUGUUUUUAUGAUUUUCCAGCUGAUUCGAAGAAUUCAUACAAGUCCAGCGUAUAAAGCAGCUGAAUCUUCGCUGCUUGCUAAACUCCGGAAAAAAACGGGCUACACAAUCGCUAAUUGCAAGAAAGCAUUAGAAAUGCAUAAUAAUGAUGCAGAUAAGGCUGAGACAUGGCUCCAUGAACAAGCCCAAGCAAUGGGAUGGGCAAAGGCAACUAAAUUAGCUGGCAGGACGGCCCUCCAGGGGUUGGUAGCUGUUAAGUUUGACAAGAACCAUGGUGCUCUGGUGGAACUCAACUGUGAAACUGAUUUUGUGGCCAAGAACGACAAGUUUCAGAAAAUGAUUGAAGAUGCAGCUAUAGCCUCAUUCAAAUUCGCUCAUACUAAACUGCAAGCUAAAGGACCUAUAACAAAAAUGGAGCUAGACAGUGAACAGCUCGGGACAUUACAUGCAGAAGGUGGAAAAAAAUUGUCUGAAAUAUUGGCACUCUUUAUUGGCUCUGUCGGUGAAAAUGCAGUGCUGAGGCGUGCCGAGUGCUGGAAAGCGAACAGCGAGGAUGUCAAGAUCGCAGGUUAUACCCAUCCAGCGCCUAGCAGUUCUAGUGAUUAUUCCUCUGGAAAAUAUGGGGCCCUGCUCGCUUACAAACAGCCAAACGACGUAGAAGACAUCGGCCGGCAACUAUGCCAGCACAUCGUCGGCUGUGCACCCACAAAAAUCGGUGACAAAGAAAAAGACAAACCAGCUAAGAACUCAGAUGAUGAAACAUGUCUUAUUUUCCAGGAAUACUUGCUCGAUCCAUCCUAUACGAUUGAGGAAAUCUUACAGAAACACAAUGUUGAAAUCAUUGAUUAUGUUAGAUUCUCUUGCGGAGAAGUACCUGAAUCUUGUAUGCCAGGAGUCGAAAAGCAACCUUUAGAAACAGUACAAACUCUGCAGUAAAAUGUGACUAGAACUUUAAGUAUUUCGAUUAAGUUAAAAAUAAAUAGUAUAUCUUAAA